AUGGCACACAUAUCAACCAAUCCGUCUCCUCACAACUCGUGGUGGGUGUUCUGGUAUAAGAAUCGUUGUAAGAGUCUGAACAUACCCCUGUCUGACAAUAUUUCUCCUGACUCUGUACUUGACUGUUAUUCUAUGUUUGUAGUUAGUCAUGAUGCGGCAGCAAAGAGCCUGGACAGAUAUGUCAAUAAAGAUUGUGACACAACUGACAUCCAGUCUGAGGAGGAGAGCCACCAUGGCCUAAAAAGAAAAAGAAGACCAAAUCCAGUUUAUCAUUCUGAUGAGGAGCCCCAGAAUGAGCGCAGAUUCGCCCAAGCCCCCAAAGUGUUAUUUCCAGCAGCGACCCAACUAGCCAGUCAGGACAGCCAACCAUCACCACCUCCACGAAUUUAUCAGACCCUCCAACGCCCCAAUUCCCCCAUGUUGUCUUACCCCAAUGUCCCAGCAUCGUUCACUGGAGAUGAAUUGGAAUUCUCUCCAAUGAAUUUACUCCAGAGGUCAUCUCCUGAAGAUGUGGCUAUGCAAAAACUACUGACUGCAGUGACGGAGUUAUCAAAGGAGGUUAAGGACCUGCGGGAGGAGUUCAGGCAAUUCCGGCAGUCCUGCAGGUGUGGACAGUCGGUGUCUGUGGGAGGGCCACUGGCGGAGCCCUUGGAGGUGCCCCUCCACACCAUGGAGGCCCUGGACCGUGCAGAAGAGACACUGCUAAAUAGCACAAACCGCCAGGCAAUGGUAGUUGUUUAA